CCAGUCGACCAGGAUGAACCGCUGAUAAGACUGUGCCACGAGGCCAGAUCACUCGCUACUUCCUGCUCGAUUUCCAAAAUCCAGAGCCCCAAAAUAUUCACCCUCCAAAAACACGCUCCCCAUUCUCAAAACCAGUGUAUCAGCAGUGAAAGGCAGCAUCUAAGCUUUAUCUACAUCCCCAGCUGGCAUCAGACAACAAGAAGAAAUCACCCCAUCGACUCACCAAGUGUUCUCGUCGUCCUUUAGUGCCAUUUUGAUCCAACGUCAGCUGCAGCAGCUCGGGGCUGCUGCUCGUAUAUGCCAGCGUACACGUUUUGUUGUUAUCUUGGUAGAGCUAGCCGUUAAAGCGCACCUUUCGCAACAGCACCGCUGACGAGCAUCACCAUCGACGACUCACUGAGGCUCGACGGAUUCCUCGUCAUCGUCCAGCUGAGAAAGUUUAGCCCGACGAACUUUGCUGCUGCUGGCACUCAAGUUGACAGCAGCAGGCCGUUGCCAUUUUUUAGUGAGUGAUAAUCGAGAUUGCUUAUACUUAUUAUAUGACUGACUGAUGGCUGGCUACUAUAGUAUAUACUACUCCAGGAAAACACCUGCGCCGAGGAAUGUGCGCGGGAGGAGCUGAUGAUGGCAGCUGACAGCUGCGCCACAUUAGCGGUGGCGCGAAGCUUUAUGACUUGUUCGAAUUUUUAGCUUUUAAUUUUUGGUGAAGCGCAAUGCGAUUCGCUGAACAGGAAAUUUUGGUAAACAAACGAAGCGCGAGCCUGAAAGUCGAGUCACACGAUUGAAUUUGCGUAACAGAGAUUUUUUUUUUUUUUUUUUUUUUUUUUUGUCAAACUUUAUAACCUUGUGUUUUAUUACUAUUAUAUACAUUAUUCAGAAAAAAAACUACUGUUAGCUUUCUUGCGUAACCCCCCUUACCUUACGUUAUCCUUGACUGAGCAGUAAUUACUUAGCUCUCUCUCUAAAUAAAAGUACCUAUAGUCUCUCCAAGUCGCGUUCCGAAAUGAUAUCCCCUUGACCCGCACCGGUGUAGUAGGUAUAGUGUAUUAUCCACACGCGCAGCCUUAGCCUAGCUCCAAUCACAUUUAUUCACGCACAUAUCGCGACACUCACAGUCCAGUACUGUAUGUACAUAUAUAUAUAUACUACACCGUCUAACAUCCUCAAGACUCGAUUCAGUCACUGCGCACGUAAAAUAUAGAUCACACAUGCACACACGUGCGUCGUGCGCUCAAGCCUAUGCCACACUCGACAUCUUUGCUUCGUUCUUCGCGCCGCGACGUCGAGAAAAAACGUGUCUCCAGAAAGAGGGAGCGUGCGCGCGCGCGUGACUCACUGCAGCGACUGUCCGGGUGAGCGGUAAAAAGUGUUGGGUGUCGAGGAAGUUCGAAGAGACAGAGAGGUCCAAGUAGAUCAUCGUCGAGAGCAUCGUAUAGAUCAUGGCAUCGAGCGGUGGAGCCUCAAGUUCCCUACCCAAAUGGCAACUAGCCCUGGUUGUCGGGGCGCCGGUCGCCCUGGGACUGGGAUACAUGUACUAUAAGAACUGCGCCAACAAGCCAGAGGAGAAACCCGGUCGAGGCAAGCCGAAGAGGUCCAGUCGCGAGAACGGCGAAAAGCAGAUAUCCAUCGACGGGGACUUUCCUGUAAAGCCUGGAAACGUGACUGCUGCUGAGACACCGCUUGAAAAAGCUCAAAAAUACAAAGGAGAAGGAAACAAGUUUUUUAGUGCAGGAAAGUUUGAUGAAGCUAUUGCUCAAUAUAACCUAGCCAUUGAAACAUGUCCUGUAGAGAACGUUGAAGAACUUGCAACAUUUUACCAAAACAGAGCAGCUGCUUAUGAAAAAUUGAAAAAAUUCAGUGCAGUUAGAGCUGAUUGUACCAAAGCACUGGAAUUGAAGCCAAGAUAUGUAAAGGCUCUAAUACGCAGAGCACGAGCAAUGGAAUCUAAUAAUGAACUGGAGACUGCUUUAGAAGAUAUUACUGCUGCUUGUAUUCUUGAGAAAUUUUCAACUCAAAGUACUCUUUAUACAGCUGAUAAAGUUCUCAAACAACUGGGCAAACAACAUGCACAAGAAUACAUGGCGACUAAGAAACCAAUUAUGCCUAGCAAACAUUUCAUAGGUACUUAUUUCUUGGCCUUCCACAAUGAUCCUAUUUUAGCAAAACUGGAUGGAUCAGAAACUGUAGAAGAUAAUACGCCAUUUAACAAAGCACUGACAGCAUUGAAGAAACAAGAAUACGAUGAUGUAAUACCACUUUGCACAGAAGAGUUAAAGAACCUUGCAACAGAUGAAGAUUCCUUGCACAAGAUGGAAGUACUUGUACUUAGAGGUACUUUCUAUCUUCUACUUGGACAGCAUGAAAAUGCAUUGGAGGAUCUCUCUGCUGUUAUAGGCAGUGAUGCUUCUAGUAAAGAGCUUAAGGUCAAUGCGUUGAUUAAACGCGCUAGUAUGUAUAUUCAACUUGAGAGUGCAGAAAAGAGUUUCAACGAUUUUGAAGAUGCUGAGAAACUUGAUCGUAACUGUGGAGAUGUAUACCAUAAUCGUGGACAGGUUCAUUUACUUAUGGAGAGAGUAGAUGAAGCAAAAGCAGAUUUUGAAAAGGCUGUGGAAUUGAAUCCAGGUUUCGGUGUGGCAUAUGUACAAAAAUGUUUUGCAGAUUAUCGUUUUGCAGUAUCCAAAAGAGACAUGAACCUCAUGAAUACCUCAAUGACUAACUUCAACAAGGCAUUCGAAAAAUUCCCUGAUUGUUCAGAGUGCUACACAUUGUAUGCCCAGAUGUUAGUGGACUCCCAAGAUUUUGCAAGGGCUGAUUCAUACUUUCUCAAAGCAGCUAAACGCGAUCCCAAAAAUGCCACUAUCCUAGUGUACAGAGGAUUAUUACAGUUGCAAUGGCAAAAUAAUAUCGAAAAAGCUGUUGAGUAUAUCAGAAAGGCGAUUGAACUCGACGAUAAAUGCGAAUUUGCUUAUGAAACUUUGGGAACUAUUGAAGUUCAACGGGGAAAUCUCAAAGACGCAAUCAGUCUCUUUGAUAAAGCUUUAGCUUUAGGACGUACUUCUAUGGAACUGACACACAUUUUCAGCCUACGAGAUGCAGCGCAAGCUCAAUUAACGGUUUCCGACAGGCUAGGAUCGGACAUAAUAAGAUCCCUUCAGGAACUAUCUUGAGAAGUUUAAUUCUCUUACCAUGGAAAUUCUACACAUCAAUAAAACUUAAGAUCAAUUACAUAACUUAUCAGACCAGAAAUUUGUGGACUGUGAUUUAGCAAAAGUCAAAAGCUUUUUACUAAGAGAACAUUGAACAUGAUUGACUCUUGCUCAAGCCAUUUAGAUCAAGAUCUUGAAUUCUUUACUGUAAAAAGAAAAGCUGAUAAUCGAUGCAUUUAAUGUGGACUUAUUCCAUGGAAAACAGUGACAAGAAAAUUUGCAGUGAUUUGCGUAAUACGGCUUGAUUAAAUUUUUUAAUGGCGUUCUAUUUAUAUCAGUAGGACGGAUAAUGUAUAGUUUAACACUUUUUUUCACGCGAUCACUCAAACUGUAAAUCUGGUGAAUAUUUAUUUUCUCAUAGUUAACAGUUAAAAAUAAACAAAAACACUAACUUGCGUGAAACAAAAAUUAUAAAAUUUAAUAAAAUCAACGUACGAAAUCGCGCAAAUUACUGUGACUACUUCGAACAAAAUUAUUGCUGUUUAAAACUGUAGAAAAUAAAUCGCCAGACACAAUACUUUUUCACUUUUUAUGAAUUGCGUGUGUGCUGCUAAGUUCGGUUGCUUUGUACGUAUUUUUUUGUCAAAUGACAAUGUUACCGAUAUCAUUGAACUAGUCGUCGAAGAGGAAACUAGUACUACGCGAAGUUGAAAUUACGUAUAUGUAUUUUUCACAACACGAUCCGUCAUGUUCUUGUUGAAUUGUCGAGUGCUGCAAGCGGUGUAUAUUAAAAUACAAUGUUAUAUAAUUGUAGUAUAUUCCUUAAGUGAAA